AUGACGGCUGGGCCACUCCUUGCCGCCGAUGAGUGGUGCGAUUGGCAACCUGUGGAGCAAACAGCUUUAGACUUUUUGCUUGCGGAGAAGCAAGACGAAAGCCGAGCAGAUGACAGUGCUGACGAUGAUGAAGAGGAUGAAUGGAACCCGGUCAUGCAAAGUGGAGCUGGCUAUCCAAAUGCCGACGAUGUGCCAACUUGUCCGGUGGGUGGUGACACUGCAGCCACAGUUGACAACGAAGCGGAUGAGGACAGCGACAGUGAUGAUGACUGGGCGCCCCAGUCACAGGGUGCUGCCAAUGUUGAGAAAUCAGAGCAAGAAGCUUUAAAAGUGCUUCUUCAGCCCAAUUAUGUCAAAGACACCCGUCCAGAGAUGCUGGAAACCAAAAAGGAGGCUGAUGCAGCCGGACGAAUGUUGCAUCAACUCCAAAGGCCGCCGACUUGGGAAGAGGUCAAGAGUGAGCUGCCUCGUGGGCCUGACGUGGAUCCGGACCUUUUGGAAGCUCCCACGUACAAGGACAUGACUCAGGAGGAGGCCAUCGACCUGGUAAACCGAGGUGCGAAUGUGAAUUUUCAUGGGCAACAUGGACGAAUGCCCCUGCACAAGGCGUCCGAAAAGGCUUUUCCUCAUUUGAUCAAAACUCUUUGCGAAGCCCGGGCGGAUCCGGACGGCAGAGAUCAGUUCGGUGAAACCGCACUGCAUGUUUUGGCGAAGUCUGGAAGCUGGGAUGAUUCAAUACCAAAAUCUAGGCGCUGCGAAGCUAUCCAAAUGCUACUGCAGCACGGUGCCGAUGUGCAUGCCGUAAAUCCUCGUGGACGCGGAGUCCUUCAUUUGGCUGUUACUGAACAUGAUGCGCCCGCCAUCGAGACGCUCAUUGAGGGAAUGGCAGACGUAAAUGCACAAGAUCUGGCUGGCUUUACUCCUUUGAUGUGGGCAGCUGGCAGAGACGGUGCCGAUUGCGUCAAAAUGCUGCUGGACUGCGAGGCUGACAUGAAUGUCAAGGCAGCUCGUGGCCAAACGGCCAUGACCUUUGCUCUAACCAAUGGAUGCAAUGCCAUAGUGGACAUGCUGGAGAAGCACCAGGCCAUUCUCGAUGCUGAGGAGGCCAAGCGAAUCAAAGAGAGGGGCGAAGGCCGAUCUGAAGACGUGCAGGAGGACUGGGGAGAAGAACUACAGCUGCCGAGACCAGAUUGGGCAUGCAAGCAUGAGAAGCCAGAGGCGCUGCAAGCUUAUGCUGGUCGAGUGUAUGCAGAGGCAAGGCCAGACAGGCACUCAAAUGUGUACGUGGACGCAAAACCCCGCUCGUGA